UUAACUAAAAAAAUCCACUAAAUCUUAUAUUUAUGUCAACCUGGUACAAUCUGAAUCCGAUCCAAUUCAAUCCAAAAAUUUUAACUCUCGAAUUCGAACUUGACCCGAAUCCAAAAACAUCUAAUUCAAACCUAAUUUUUUUUUUAUCGUCUUGGUUGGAAUAUCAGGUUUUUGACACCGCCUAUCAUCCCCGACCCCCAUUAUUUUAUUUAUUUUUAUUUAAUUUUUUUUGGACUGCUAAAAUUCUUCAAUAUUUUGCUAUAAAAAAACAUGCCUCCAAAUUAAAAGGAAAACCACUCGGUGGUUUCUGCGUAUCGUCGGCGAAACUCGAAAGACGAUGAUGUGGCGGCUGUCGCGGGUGGCGGAUUACUCCCAGUACGAGGCGCUGCGGCGGCGGCGGGGGCAGCGGAAGGAGCUUCCGGGGGAGCCCGGAGCGGGGGCGGCAGCGGAAGGCCACGUGCCGGUCUACGUCGGGGAGGAGAUGGAGCGGUUUGAGGUCCCGACACGGUUGCUGAACCGGCCGGCCAUCGUCGAGCUGCUCCGCCGGUCCGCCCAGGAGUACGGAUACCAGCAGCGCGGCGUCCUCCGCAUCCCCUGCCCCGCCUCGCUCUUCCGCCGACUCCUCGCGGCCGAGGAAGGGAAAGCGGCGGCGGCGGCGGAGGGAGCGGAGGAGGAGCUGCUCCAGUCCUAGUUCGACGAGCGGUUCCUGUCUUCUUUCGACCGGUGUUGAGCCGGCGAGUCGAAGCGGGAGCUUCGCUAUAGAUAAGCAGCCGCCGGCCACGGAGUGUGGUUGUGGAAAAUAAAGCUCUGGCUAUCUCUCUCUUUCGAUCUUAUUUGUCUUGUCUGCUUCAGACAUGUUAAUAUAUUAAAGCUAAGAUUUUUGAUA